GUCAGGGUGGGGGUGUUACAGGAAGUUAAGACUUAUUUCCUCCUUUCCAAAAGAGUGUAGAGAUUAUUGAGCGAGCUGGACUCCCGAGUGAGGCUGUUCUGUCAUGAGGCUGGCUGUGCUCUUCUCAGUGGCCUUGCUGGGGCUACUGGCAGCCCAAGAGACUGGGAAUGAUUGUCCUCAUAAAAAAUCGGCCACCCUGCUGCCAUCUUUCACGGUGACACCUACAGCUGCAGAAAGUACAAGCAGCCCUGGAACAACCAGCCACAGAACUAGCAAGAGCCACAGCACCGCCACAGCCACCACAAGCCAUGAGCCCACAACAGCCACUCAGAAUCCUGCUACCACCAAACACAGAAAUGCCACAGUUCAUCCAACUACCAACAGCACCACCACCAGCACAGGCCCCACCACCACUUCUCCCCACCCAGGACCAUCUCCACCCUCCCCAAGCCCUAGCCCAGGCUCUAAGGGGGCUAUAGGAGACUACACGUGGACUAAUGGUUCCCAGCCCUGCAUCCGGCUCCAAGCCCAGAUUCAGAUUCGAGUUCUGUACCCAACCGAGGGUGGAGGGAAGGCCUGGGGCAUCUCUGUACUAAACCCCAACAAAACCAAGGCCCACGGGGGCUGUGAGGGUGCCCAUCCCCGCGUGCUCCUCUUAUUCCCCUUCGGGCAGCUCAGCUUGGGAUUCAAGCAGGAGCCACCACAGAGCACUGUCUACCUGAACUACAUGGCUGUCCAGUACAACGUGUCCUUCCCACAGGCAGCAGAGUGGAUGUUCUCAGCUCAGAAUUCAUCCCUUCGAGAGCUUCAAGCCCCCCUGGGUCAGAGCUUCAGUUGCAGCAAUGCAAGCAUCGUUCUUUCACCAGCUUUCCACCUCGACCUGCUUUACCUGAAGCUACAAGCUACUCAGCUGCUCCCCACAGGGGCCUUUGGGCCAAGUUUCUCUUGUUCCAGUGACCAAUUCAUCUGGCUUCCUCUCAUCAUCGGCCUGAUUCUUCUCGGCCUCCUCACCCUGGUGCUUGUUACCUUCUGCGUCAUCCGGAGACGGCCACCCACCUACCAACCCCUCUGAGCAUUUGUUCCAACAAUCUAAGGCACCAGUGGGCACCAUCACUUCUCAUCACUCAACUGAGACUCCAAGGCAAAGUUUAUCUUCCUUCCCUCUCUGUCUUGAAAGACGAAAGCAGAGAUAAUGCCAUCAGGAAGAAUGAGGGAAAAUAUGUUUAUUAAUGUGACAGAUUCCCCCUUCCCCCUCCCCAGUGGGAGAAUAGUAAAACCUACUCAAAUCUG